CCUAAUUUUAGCGUCGUUUUCAGAUAUAUAAACAGUCUGGUCUCAUAGUAGACCACAAAUCAGUUUCAUACAUUGUAUAGAAGCUUCAAUUGGAAUAGACGAAGAUUCUUAUUGAAAAUGAAGGCUUUGCUUGUCCUCUGUGUUUUGAAAGUAUUAGUUGCUCUUUCCUCUGCUGGAAUUCUUAGUUUAGGCCAUGGCAGUUACGGACAUGAUUUUGGUGGAGGACUAGAUUUUGGACACGGUGGUUUUGGCCAUGGAAUUGGACAUGGAAUUGGACAUGGACAUGGUGGAUCUAUAAAAGUUGAACAUGUUCCAGUUAAGAAAGUAUCAGUUAGUCAUAUUCCUGUAAAACAAGUAUCAUUCGAUCAUGUACCGGUGAAAAAGGUAUCAAUUCAUCAAAUUCCAGUAAAGAAAGUGUCCGUUGAGCAUGUGCCAGUAAAAAAAGUAUCAUUUAAGCAUAUACCAGUAAAACAAGUUUCAGUAGAAAAGGUACCAGUUAUUUCUCAUCAUAGUGGACAUGGAUUUGGAGGACACGGAUUAGGAGGACUCGGUGGACACGGAUUAGGAGGUCUCGGUGGACAUGGACACGGAUUAGAAGGUCUCGGUGGACAUGGACACGGAUUAGAUCUCGGUGGACAUGGACACGGAUUAGAUCUCGGUGGACAUGGACACGGAUUAGGCGAUCUCAGUGGACAUGGACACGGAUUAGGAGGACACGGUUUAAAAGGAUUAGGAGGACACGAAUUUGGACGUUGGGGCUAAUUAACAAGGACGGUUUUGGUCAUUUAUAAAAUCACGAUUUUAAUCCGAGUAAGUGAUUUUACUGAAAUAUUGUAAUACUUGAACAAUGAAUGAAUAGAAAAUUACAAAAACUAUACUUUAUUAAGACAAUAAUUACGUACAUUUUAUUUUGUAGGA